GGCAGCGGGGCGCGGGAGCGUGUGUCCCCCCAAAGGGCCUCGGGACGCUGGGGCGGGGGCGGGGGUCGCCUGGGCGCGGAAUGCGGGACCUGCGGCGACUCCGGGUCCAGCUGCGGAUGCGGGACACCGGCGCGCCGGGCCCCUGGGAAGCCCGAGUGCCCCCGCCCCGCUGCCCCCGCCACCUGCCAGCGCGGGCGCGUGCGCCUCCCUCGGGGGGCGGGGGGCCGGGGCCCGGGAACGCGCUUCCUGCAGGGCGACCUCUUUGGGGGGCGCAAGUCCCAUCGUGCUCAGGGGCUGGCGGGGACGGGCCGGGCCAGCUGUGUGCAAAGCAGGCGCUGCCCUCUAGUCUCGCAGCGUGGACAUCAAUUCUUAGUGGACCUGUGGGGGCGGCCAGGGCCAGCUGGGGUUGGGCGGGUGGCCGCUGGGUGGAGGACGUCCACCAGCCCACCUGCAGGAUUCCGGGGUCUCCAGGCCAGCGUGGCAGGGAGGGGCCUGGGAGACCUGACCGCUGGCUGGACCCCUGCGCCCCACUCCUGCGCCGCUGCCUCUGACUGGCCGUGUCCCCCUCCCCAGGCAUGCCCCCCUCCUGGACGCCGCUGGGCCCCGCCCCCCCGCAGGGCCGCUGCGUCCCCGCGCUGCGCCGGAGGCUGCCGGUCCUGGCCUGGCUCCCGCACUACUCCCUGCGCUGGCUGAAGCUGGACCUCAUCGCGGGGCUCUCGGUGGGGCUCACGGUCAUCCCGCAGGGCCUGGCCUACGCCGAGGUGGCCGGACUGCCGCCGCAGUACGGCCUCUACUCUGCCUUCAUGGGGUGCUUCGUGUACUUCUUCCUGGGCACCGCCCGGGAUGUGACGCUGGGCCCCACGGCCCUCAUGUCGCUGCUGGUGUCCACCUACACCCCGCGCCAGCCCGCCUUCGCCGUGCUCCUGGCCUUCCUGUCCGGCUGUGUCCAGCUGGCCAUGGGCUGCCUGCGUCUGGGCUUCCUCCUGGACUUCGUGUCGUGCCCUGUCAUCAAAGGCUUCACCUCCGCGGCCGCCGUCACCAUUGGCUUCGGGCAGGUCAAGAACCUCCUGGGCCUGCAAAACGUGCCCCGCCAGUUCUUCCCGCAAGUCUAUCACACCCUCCGCAGCCUGGGCCAGGCCAGGGCGGGGGACGCAACCCUGGGCCUGGUGUGCGGGGCGCUGCUGCUGCUCCUGAAGCUGAUGCGUGGACAUCUGGCCCCCGUGGGCCCCCACUCGUCCUGCGGUCAGCGCCUCAGCCACGGGCUGGUGUGGACAGCCGGCACAGCCCGCAAUGCCCUCGUGGUCUCGGGAGCCGCCCUGGUCGCGUUCGCCUUCGAGGUGACGGGACAGCAGCCUUUCGUGCUCUCCGGGGAGACGGCCCGGGGGCUCCCUCCGCUCCGGCCGCCGCCCUUCUCCGUGUCCACUGCGAACGGGACGGUUUCCUUCACCGAAAUGGUGCAGGACAUGGGGGCCGGGCUGGCCGUGGUGCCUCUCAUGGGCCUCCUGGAAAGCAUCGCUGUGGCCAAGGCCUUUGCCUCGCAGGGGGAAUACCGCAUCUACGCAGACCAGGAGCUGCUGGCCAUCGGCCUCACCAACGUGCUGGGCUCCCUGGUGUCCGCCUACCCGGUGACAGGAAGCUUCGGACGGACAGCUGUGAACGCCCAGUCUGGGGUGUGCACCCCUGCAGGGGGCCUGGUCACAGGCGCGCUGGUGCUGCUGUCCCUGAACUACCUGACCUCGCUCUUCCGCUACAUCCCCAAGUCCGCCCUGGCUGCGGUCAUCAUCGUGGCCGUGGCCCCCUUAUUCGACACCAAGAUCCCGGGUCGCCUGUGGCGAGUGAAGCGGCUGGACCUGCUGCCCUUCGGGGCCACCUUCCUGCUGUGCUUCUGGGAGGUGCAGUAUGGCAUCCUGGCCGGCGUCCUGGUGUCCCUCCUCGUCCUCCUGCACUCGGUGGCUAGACCCGCGCUGCAGGUGUCCGAGGGGCCACUGCUGGUGGUCCGGCCAGCCAGCGGCCUGCACUUCCCGGCCGUCGAAGCCCUCCGCGAGGCCGUGCUCAGCUGCGCGCUGCGAGGCCCCGGUCCUCCGCGUGCUCCUGGCUGCAGACCUGCAGGGCCUGCGGUACUUCUCCAGCCUGGAGGAGGCAGAGAGAUGCCUGAGCCACGACCCGGGGCCCGGGGCCUACCCCCAGGACGAGGACAGCCCACCCGGGCCCCGGGCCUGACCACGGGGCGCCCGCCCGUGCCACGGCAUCUCCCGACACUGAUGCUGGGCGCUGCCUCCCACAGGGCGGGUGCCUGGCGCAGUCUCCAGGGGUGCCGAGGAGGGGACAGCCAGAGCCCGCGUGGAGCCCGCCUGCCGCUGUGCGCACGGGAGGGGCAGGGCCUCCCCCAGGUGCGGCAGGAAACGCCGAGGACCGUCUAGCCGUGCUGCAGCCUCGCGGGCUGCGGCGUGUGUCUGCAGCCAUCCUGCCCCGUGGCCGCGUUUCCGCCCUUGCAGGCCGGGUGCUGCCUUUCUGCCCCGGCCGCUCCAGGAAUCUCCGCGGACACCACCGGGUGUGGCCCCCCAGCCAGGAAAAAAGUCAGGGAAAGGGCGAGGGGCCCGGAGACGUGGGGGAGAGCCCGGGGCCUGGAAGGACCCCACACACACACACCUUCAUCCUACCUCCUGGCUGAAGCGCCGACAGCCGCCUGGGGUUCCGGCAUGGCUGUCCCAGCCGCAGCGCCCUACCUCACCGGUGUUGGACAUUAGCUCUGGAGUGUUCCAGGCUUCCUCUGUGGACGGCCCCUUUUCCCCUGCCCGGAGAAGCUCGUUGUGUUCUUAAUAGCACCCGAACUCAGCGUCUACCUCUGUCUCCGUCCCCCAAGUCAGUCUUGAUUCCUUAUAAGCCAAAACUUCCUGGUAAUUCUGAAUUUUGUAUUUGUACAAUUUUGUAUUUGAAGUGCUGCGUAUUUGUACCUGCUUUUCUGUUUCCCCUAUAGCCCUUUUAUAUUUUACUACAUGAAAUAUGCUUUCUGGUUAAACACAGAAAGACCAUGAAUGCUACGCUCCUAAUAUUUGGGAGUUGACUGACUCUGAAAUAUACCUCUUCCUGG